AUGUUUGUUAGAAGCUACAACCAUGCACAUGCCAUCAGCUUUAAGGAGAUGUUCGUUACAAUUUUGGUUUACUGUGUGCCAAUAGGGGUGCGAAGUUUGUGGGAUGAAAUUUAUCCUUACUUGAUUGAAGAUUACAUAUCUUCAAACAAUAUGAAUAAUAUGUAUAUCCUUAAAAAAACCCUGCAAGAUAUAAACCGCCUCCUGCUACAGCAUAAUAAAAACAUAUCAGAAUACGAUUUGCCUGAGAUGACAAUGAAUUUGGAUGAUAAUUCAACAGUUCCAAAGGUCAUACAAGAUGAGUUUUCCAUUGUAACUCCUCGAAAAGACUUAAAUUCUAUUGCCACAUUAAAUAGUGAUCAACACUUAGCAUUCAAUUCAAUCAUGGAGGCUGUGGAAUGCAAUACUGGUGCAAUCUUCUUUGUGGAUGGCCCAGGAGGAACUGGAAAGACAUAUUUAUAUCGUGCACUAUUGGCCUCAGUGAGAAGUCAAGGGAGAAUUGCCAUUGCAACAGCAACUUCAGGAAUUGCAGCUACACUUUUACCUGGUGGAAGGACUGCCCAUUCAAGAUUCAAGAUCCCCUUAAAUCCAGAGGCUUCAUCUGUGUGUUCCAUUCCUAAACAAUCAGAUUUGGCAGAAUUGAUUAGACGUGCAACAGUCAUCAUUUGGGAUGAAGCUACAAUGACAAAUCGUUAUGCUUUUGAAGCCUUGAAUCGAACACUCAUAGACAUCACUGGUGUUGAUUAUCCAUUUGGUGGCAAAAUUAUGGUGUUUGGUGGUGAUUUUCGACAAGUACUUCCAGUUGUUCCUAAAGGUACAAAAGCUGAAACUAUUGCUGCAUCGAUAGUCAAAUCACCUCUUUGGAGUCACAUUCAAAUACUUCGUUUAAAGCAAAACAUGCGCUCUAUAAAUGACCAACAGUUUGGUGAAUUUCUUUUAUCUGUUGGAAAUGGUGUACAACCUACCAUUAUAGAUGAAAUGAUCAAAGUACCAACAUCGAUGGCAAUACCAUGGAAUGGCGAAGAAUCAAUAGUUCAACUAUUAGAAGAAAUUUAUCCUGAUAUCAUAAACCAUUCUUUUGACGCCGAGUAUAUGGUUAGUAAGGGCAUAAUAACUCCUCGCAAUGAAGAUGUUGACAAGCUCAAUGAGAAAAUCAUUCAGAGAUUUCCAAGAGAAUCAAGAGUGUACCACUCAUUUGAUAAAGUUGAAAAUGAUACCCAAAAUUUGUAUCAACAAGAGUUUUUAAAUUCCAUUUCACCAGGAGGAAUGCCCCCACAUGCAUUGCAUUUGAAAGUUGGAGCCCCAAUUAUACUUUUGAGGAAUCUUAACCCUUCUUCUGAAAUACUUGAAAAAAUAAAGCUACUUCAGCUUUGGGAGAAUUAUCAAGAGGAAGCAAAUAUGGUUGCAGAUAAGAAAGUUAAAAAUCAGGUCAAACAGUUCUCCAUAUACAGUCUUGGAUGGAAGGUCUCUAUUAAAGUUGAUAAAAAACAAUUGGGAAAAUUAAUUGUGCGAGAGCUUUUGAGAAAUCAUAUCAUAUCUGAUAGAGCAAGUAUAUGCAGCAAAGACAAUAUGGACAUAUAUGUGUUUUAUAGGCAACGAAUGAUUCAAAAAUUGAAAGCUUACAAAUAUAUGUGCAACAUUGUUACAAGAUCUAUGGCAAAAAUUGCAUCAAAACAAUUUGAAGAGAUCAUUGAACGUGAUAUUUGA